AUGCAGCCUGGUCCAGGGGGAAGGUCUUGCAGCCACCUUUCCAGAGGCCUCUCUGCUCAGUGCCUCUCUGUGCCUCCUGCAGCUCCUCACAAGCCCCUGGAGUGCUGCUUCAGGUUCCUGCAGGCUCCUCUGAAGCUGCAGAGGCUGAAGGGCUUCUACAGGACCCCCAAGGAGUGCUUCAACCCUGCUGUUGUCUUUGAGACCAGGAAUGGGACCAAGGUCUGCGCGGACCCGGAGCAGCCCUGGGUGAAGAGAGCAACGGAGAGGCUGCAGAAGAAGUGA